AUGACUUUUCCAAGAUCACACUUUCAAGGAACUCAUGACAGUGAAGCUGGCCCAAGUAGAAUUACACAUGUUAAUGAUGUUGCACUUGAUCGUAAUUACACAUCACCUAAUCAACGAAACAACACGAGUCAAUCCGAUACAGAUGAUAUGGAUGUUGAUGAAGCUUUGGAGGAUGCAGUAAUAUCAUAUGUUAACAUGGACGCCAGAGAAAAUGGUGCAUUAUCACGUCGUCCUCAAGAAUCAGGACAUGCUUUUCGAGCAAAGCACAAUAUUGCUCAAAAUUUCAAAAAUAAUAUGAUGAUGGCAAAAUCUCGGUUGUCUCAUCCAUUUACCUGUAGACACUGCAAUGCAAGAUUGUUUCAUCAUGAAUCACGUGACACGUGUUGUAAUGGUGGAAAGGUAUCAUUCUCACGAGUUGAUGCUCCUAUAGAAUUGCAACAAUUAUUUUUGGAUGGUUCAGUUGAAGGAAAACAUUUUAGGCAACAUAUUCGAAGUUAUAAUCAUGUGCUUUCAUUCACUUCAAUUGGUGUUCAUGUUGAUGAGAAUAUUCUUGCAUCUGGUCGUGGUAUAUACACAUUUCAUGCUCAAGGUGCUUUUUACCAUAACAUAGGAGGUUUCUAUCCAAAUGAGGGUGUUAGGCCGCAUUUCUUACAACUAUACAUCUACGACACCGAUAAUGAGCUACAUAAUAGAAUGCAGGAAAAUCCACAGCUGCACCAAAAUGUAGUUCACAAAUUACAGAAAAUGCUCCAUCAGUUUAAUCCUUUUGUAAUUAGGUUCAAGCAACUUUCAAUACUUCCAAAUAUCAGUGAAUGUAGCCUCAUACUUAAGGAGCGUCCAAGUAAUCACCAUCAAUACAAUCUUCCAACUGCUGAACAAGUUGCGGGAAUUAUUGUUGGAUGUGAUGUAGAUUUUAUGGAUUAUGGAAGGGAUAUUAAUGUCAUUCGCUGUGAUGGAAAUCUCAAGAAAGUUCAAGAGACAAAGGGAUAUUAUGAUCCUUUGCAAUACCCUGUAUUGUUUCCAUUUGGGACGCAUGGUUGGGACAUUAACACAACAAAAUGCAAUGGACGAAGAGUGCCAUGUCGAGCAUAUUACAGUUACAUGCUUCAGAUUCGCCCAAAUGAUCAAUCAAUGUUGUUAAAUGCGGGUCGACUGUUGCAACAAUAUGUUGUAGACAAUUAUGUCAAAAUUGAAUCAGGGAGAUUAAGGUGGAUUAAAGAGCACCAAAGUGAUAUACGUUCUGAAUUCUACCAAGGUUUACAUGAUGCUUUGCAUGUUGGUGAAACUAAUGCAGAGAACAUUGGAAAAAGAACAAUAUUGCCAUCAUCAUUUAUUGGUGGUCGUCGAGACAUGACACAACGUUAUGAAGAUGGCAUGGCUAUUGUUCUUAAUGGCGGUAAACCAAAUAUUUUUCUAACAAUGACAUGCAAUCCUUCUUGGAGUGAGAUAACAUCAGAACUUUUUCCUUUUCAAACACCACAAGAUUGUCCAGAUUUGCUAACAAGAAUAUUUCGUUCGAAAUUUGAGAAAUUGAAGGAUGGUGUUAUUAAUAAAGGAGUCUUGGGUAAAGUUAAAAGCUACAUGAGAAGGUUUGAUGAGUCUGUAUCGUUAGGUAAAGAUAGGUUUGUCGAUAAUAGAUGGGUGGUUCCUUAUAACCCUUGGUUACUGUUAAAGUAUGACUGUCACAUCAAUGUAGAGAUUUGCAGUAGCAUUAGAAGUAUCAAGUAUCUAUACAAAUAUGUGUACAAGGGCCCUGGUCGUGUGGCUAUGGAGGUUCAUAAAGGAUCAUACAUGGAUGAAGUUCAGCAAUAUGUUGAUGCAAGAUGGAUUUGUGCUCCCGAGGCAUUAUGGAAAAUAUUUCGAUUCACUAUUUACCGAUUAUAUCCUUCGGUUGAAAGAUUGCAUAUCCACUUGUUGAACCGUCAUCAAGUGCGCUUUUAUGAUCAUCAGCAAAUUGCAGAUGUGUUAAAUAAUGAACGCAACUCCAAAACAAUGCUCACACAAUUCUUUGCAUUGAAUCUAUGA